UAAUUGUUGGAUGGAUUACAGGAGAGGGAGAUGUGACAAAAAAACAUUGAGUUUCCCCGUUUGCUUCCCUUACUUGUCUUCUUCUUCUUCCACUCUACGCCUUUCCUUGUCUACCUCUUGCUCUCCAUCUUUCUGCACCUAUCUUACCUUGGUGAAACUACAAAAUUUACAAAAAGAGAAAGAGAGUGAAAGUUGCAGCCCACUAGUGUUGUCCAGUAGUACCUGUUGACUAUAUAUAUAUGAUGAUCAAGCACAUAGCAGGAGAGGGGCCAGAGCAAACGCAAACCAGCCAGCCGGUCCUACCCUUCAAUUCUGUGCGGCAUUCCUCCUCCCGCCAAUACACAUCCAUCUCCAUUUUUUCUAGCCGCCUGCUUCUUCUACUGAUUUUGAGAAUUUGAAAGGUUCAUUCUGUGGGAAAUGUCGAGGAGGAGCAAGGUUUUGAUGAUAUGGGUCUGGGCGGUGGUCGUCGGGAUACCGGCGGCGAAUGGGUGUUUCCCUGGGGAGCAAGCGUAUGAAGAAGCUGAAGAGGCGGCAUUAGUAUACACCAAUGCCACUGCUGUUUACUCCUCCAAGUUUCACGGUAAUGAAUCCAAAGCGGUUUACUCUCCGUUAAUGGUCGGUCUCACCCUCAUCCAUGCAGCUGCGGCUGAAGGAGCUGUUUGCUUGGAUGGAACCUUGCCUGGCUAUCAUUUACACCGUGGAUAUGGCUCUGGAGCAAACAGUUGGCUCAUCCAAUUGGAGGGAGGAGGGUGGUGCAACAGCAUUAGAACCUGUGUUUACCGCAAAACUACAAGACGUGGGUCAUCUAGAUACAUGGAGAAGCACUUGGCCUUUACGGGGAUCUUGAGCAAUAGAGCUGAACUAAACCCUGAUUUUUUCAACUGGAAUCGAGUGAAGGUACGGUACUGUGAUGGUGCUUCGUUUCUCGGCGACAGUGAAAACAAGGCAGCACGGCUGCAAUUUAGAGGACAGCGCAUUUGGGUAGCUGCAAUGCGAGAUCUUUUGUCAAAGGGAAUGCGCAAUGCCCACCAGGCUCUUCUUUCAGGAUGCUCGGCUGGGGGCCUGGCUGCUAUUCUACACUGCGACGAGUUCAGGGAAUUGUUCCCCAGGACAACCAAAGUGAAGUGCCUGAGUGAUGCUGGCCUGUUUCUUGAUUCGCAAGUUUCUUUAACCUUGUCCUUCUAAUCAAUGCUUCGGUUUCACUUCUCUGCCUCAAGCUCAAGUCAUUCAAGGACUGAGAUUGCCUGUUACUUAUUUGCUUGGUAACGACUCGGUUCUGGCUUUUGUUUUUGAACAGACCCGACGUAGCUGGGUUCCAUACUCUCCGGAACUUGUACAGUGGUGUAGUGAGGUUGCAGGGGGUGGGAAAGAAUCUGCCUCGUCUGUGCACCAGCCAUCUGAAUCCAACUCUGUGCUUCUUCCCUCAGCACAUAAUUGCUACCGUGAAAACACCGCUGUUCCUUCUCAACGCGGCUUAUGAUUCGUGGCAGAUCCAGUCCAGUUUAGCUCCACCAUCUGCUGAUCCCCGUGGCUACUGGAAUGGUUGUAGAAAGAACAAUGCAAAAUGUACUCCAUCACAGAUCAAAUUUCUGCAAGGGUUCAGGUAUCGAAUGUUGAGAACCGUAAGAAGAUUCUCAAUGUCUAAGGCGAACGGGAUGUUCAUAAACUCGUGCUUCGCCCACUGCCAAACUGAAAGACAGGAUACCUGGUUUGCGGAUUAUUCUCCUGCCAUCCGGAAUAAGGUGACCGAUGAUAGCUAGGUUCUGAAGUUCAAUACUAGUAGUUUUACUUGCAUGGUUUGUUUUGCUCUUGUUGUCGCUGUUUGAUCUGCUUAUCUGUCUGGCUAGCUAGUUGAGGUUAACCAAGAAAAGGGUUUGAUUUGCAGGCUAUUGCUCUAGCGGUCGGGGAUUGGUAUUUUGGACGUUCAUCAGCGAGAGCUGUCGACUGUGCGUAUCCAUGUGACCGUAGUUGCCACAAUUUGGUUUUCAUAUGACAGGCAAAAGCUCUGCAACCAUAUGUAUCAAUUGUUUAUGCACCACCUAUGUCCUAUCCCAUUCGUCGUUGGAAUGAAGGAAAAAAGGGGUGGUAUAGCUAUAGAAUAAGUGCAGCAGUCCAGCCCAUUUAGCUUAGUGGUUCAGAGUCCAUGGUGGGUAGCCCAAGCCCAAGAUAAACUGUCCUUUAAAUGCUACGGCUGGGGAUGGACAUUCUGUUUAGUUUAGACUUAGUCAUUAGUGUGGAAGGAUAAGAAGAUGAAAGCUGUCAUAUCCUGUCUGGUUGGUAUUAUGUGAGUUGUAAACCACUCCCCUUCCCCAAAAGAUGAGGGGAACAAGGAGCACAAAUGUUAGCUUAUGAAUAUCUUUUUGUGUGAAAUUAUGUGAUGACUGGAAUCAAUGGCGCUUUUGUUUCUUUUCCUGAACAUGGGAAGGGAAAUUAUCGGUGGUGGAUGCAGGAUUCGAAACUACCCUAUCCUUUUUUAUAAUUUAAAUAUAUAAAUAUUUAAUAAAUAAAAUUUAAAUGAAUAAUAUCUAAAUAAUUCCUUCCUAGAUAAAGAAAUAACCGAUUAAUCCAAUUAUUUUUUUGCAUAAACAACCACA